AUGGAUAAUUAUACAAUUUCUGUACCCAAUGAAACUCAUUAUGAAGCUAUUGGAAAUUUCCUUUUUGAAGAUUACUUACAACGUGAAAGGUGCUGUGUUACUUCUGGGCUAUCUGCUGAAAUGGCAGAAAAAGGUCUUGAUAUGACAAACAACACUAGUGGUGAGAUAAUAAGUGCCUUACAGGAAGGCCUAACCCUCAUUACUGUAGACAACAAGGACCCAGGAACAAUAGUUGGUGUAGCCAUAAAUGUGAAAGCUAAGGAUGACACUGACUUGGAGAUCUCUAACUUCCCUAGAAGCAGACAAGCUAUUAUGAAGUUUGUCAAACAUCUCAAGGAGGGACAUGAUAUUACCAAAGAAUGUAGUGGUCAAGGUUUAUAUCUGUGGAUGCUUGGCGUAAAGCAGAUUCACUGUGGAAAAGGAUUUGCUAGGAGAUUGACUGAGAAAUCAAUUGAAUUGGCUCAACAGCAUAACAUGUCAUUCAUCAGCAGUGUUGCUUCCUCUGCCGAAACCGUGCACCUGUUUGAAAACAUGGGCUUUGAAACAAAAUCUGAGAUGAAAUUUCAAGAAUUUAUUAUGGAUGACCAAAUGCCUGGGUUUCCAGAUGCAACACCCUUUAGACAAGGCAAGAUUUACAGUUAAGAGAUUGUAAACCAGUUGUCGUUAUUUGGAAUCCAUAUCGGUAGAUACAUGUCAAUAAACGAAAUAUAGCUUAA